UUGUCCAGUUCUUACACUCGUCUCACUUUACUACUCAUUCCACUAUUGUAAAGUCAUAGAAAAAAUUUAUAUAGAGAGAAAAAAUUAGUGUUGUUAUUGUUACUGGCUUUCUGCCAGACGAGACGAGCGAGCGCGCGAGUGUGUUGCUCUCUGGUCAUCGUCGUCGUCGUCGCGAUGCCGACGCCGUCGCACUUGAAGAACCCGCUCUGCUUCGACUUCCGGGCGGCGAGGCGGGUGCCGGAGACGCACGCGUGGCCGGGGCUGGACGACCACCCGGUGGUGGACGGCGGCGGCGGCGGCGGCGAGGACGCGGUGCCGGUGGUGGACGUCGGGGCGGGCGACGCGGCGGCGCGGGUGGCGCGGGCGGCGGAGCAGUGGGGCGCGUUCCUUCUGGUCGGGCACGGCGUGCCGGCGGCGCUGCUGUCGCGCGUCGAGGAGCGCGUCGCCCGCGUGUUCUCCCUGCCGGCGUCGGAGAAGAUGCGCGCCGUCCGCGGCCCCGGCGAGCCCUGCGGCUACGGCUCGCCGCCCAUCUCCUCCUUCUUCUCCAAGCUCAUGUGGUCCGAGGGCUACACCUUCUCCCCUUCCUCCCUCCGCUCCGAGCUCCGCCGCCUCUGGCCCAAGUCCGGCGACGACUACCUCCUCUUCUGUGACGUGAUGGAGGAGUUUCACAAGGAGAUGCGGCGGCUAGCCGACGAGUUGCUGAGGUUGUUCUUGAGGGCGCUGGGGCUCACCGGCGAGGAGGUCGCCGGAGUCGAGGCGGAGAGGAGGAUCGGCGAGAGGAUGACGGCGACGGUGCACCUCAACUGGUACCCGAGGUGCCCGGAGCCGCGGCGAGCGCUGGGGCUCAUCGCGCACACGGACUCGGGCUUCUUCACCUUCGUGCUCCAGAGCCUCGUCCCGGGGCUGCAGCUGUUCCGUCGAGGGCCCGACCGGUGGGUGGCGGUGCCGGCGGUGGCGGGGGCCUUCGUCGUCAACGUCGGCGACCUCUUCCACAUCCUCACCAACGGCCGCUUCCACAGCGUCUACCACCGCGCCGUCGUGAACCGCGACCGCGACCGGGUCUCGCUCGGCUACUUCCUCGGCCCGCCGCCGGACGCCGAGGUGGCGCCGCUGCCGGAGGCCGUGCCGGCCGGCCGGAGCCCCGCCUACCGCGCUGUCACGUGGCCGGAGUACAUGGCCGUCCGCAAGAAGGCCUUCGCCACCGGCGGCUCCGCCCUCAAGAUGGUCUCCACCGACGCCGCCGCCGCCGCCGACGAACACGACGACGUCGCCGCCGCCGCCGACGUCCACGCAUAAGCUAUAGCUACUAGCUACCUCGAUCUCACGCAAAAAAAAAAAGAAACAAUUAAUAGAGCAAAAAAAAAAAGAAGAGAAAAUGGUGGUACUUGUGUUUAAGGUUUCCUCCAUGCAAAAUGGUUUGCAUGCAUGCAUGCAAAGCUAGCAUCUGCAGCUGCAAGAAUUACAAGAGCAGAGAAGCAGACAGCUAGAUGGAGAUAAUUAAUUAAUUAAUUAAUCUAAUUAAGCAUGCAAUAAUUAAGAUUAUUAUUCUGAUUUCAGAACUGAAAAAAAAAGUGUGGUUAAUUAAUUAUUGGUUAGGCUUAAUUUUAUCUAGAUGUAGAAAAAGAAUCAAGAUCUUCAAGCAAGAGAGAAGAGGAUCGAAGAAGAAGGAAAAGAAAACGAAAAGGACAUGCUGUGUUGUCUCUUCUAGUUGUACCCUGGCUGCUGAUUAAGUGCUUUGUUUUGUUGCUGCAAGCUUGUCGUUACUGAUUAUUAGUUAGUUAUGCAUCUAAUUGAUUAAA